AUAACCGGAAGUGGGGCGGGGUCAGCCCGCUCGUCGAAACAUUCUUGUCUGACGUCAACAUGGAGCGUUAGUGGCGGAUGACGUCAGCUGCUUUUUCUGAUUAGCAAACACGUCGGCGGUUAGCUUAGCUAGCAUGGCGUCCUCAGCGGUAGUCCGAGCCGCCGGCCCCGCGGGAAGGCCGCCGCUCCGCCCGCCUCUGCCCGCCGGCGUCAUGGUGGAGUCCGUGGACGACGCGGAGGGUCUGUAUGUGGCGGUGGAGCGGUGCCCGCUGUGCGGUACGUCCCGUCGCAGGCUGACGUGCGCCCACUGCGUCCAGGCCGGAGACUUCGCGUACCUGGACGGCAGCAACGCCGAAAGGUAUGCCGACAAGAUGGCGAGGCUAAGGACGCUGAAGGAGGAGGAGCAGCGGCUGCAGCAGAGCGUGGUCGACGCCAUGCACGGGAAGCUGCGAGCUGACGAGACGAAGUGGAAGAUGAUGGCGAGCGGCGUGAAGAUGCGGCAGUUGCAAGAGGCACUGGUGUGUGCUCGCGAGGAGGUGAAAAGCGACAAAGAGCUGCUGCUGCGCUCUCAGGACGAGCGUCAGCGCUUGCAGCGGCGCGCCGGGCGCCAUCAGCUCAAGCAGGACAAGAUUGAGCGCCACAACCGCCGCCUGGGCGAGCUUCUGGAGCGCCGCAAGCACGAGCUGCACGAGCGCCUGAGUCAGCUGGCUGCGCUACGGCGGGAUCACAUCGUGGAGCUGAUGGCGUACAUCUUCCCCGCACGCGAAGAGAAAGCGUGCAGCAGAGACCCCGCCGACGUGGCGGCUGACUGUGAUGCCGCCUUGACGUCCAGCACAGUCAGCGAGCUGGCUGAAGCGCGCAGAACGACCUACCUAUCGGGGCGUUGGGUCUGGGACGACCAGAACGGCGAGACCAGCAUCAGCAUCACAGGCCCCGCCGUCACGCUGCCGAGCAACGGAGACUGCUCCGCAUACUACAGCUGGGUGGAGGAGAAGAGUACCAACCAGGGGCCAGAACUGGACCACAUCAACCCCGCCCACACCAUCAGCGCCGCGCUGUGCUACGCCACCCAGCUGGUCACCAUCUUGUCGCACAUUCUGGACGUCAACCUGCCCAAGAAGCUGUGCAACAGCGAAUUUUGCGACGACAACCUAAGUCGGUACCGCUUCACCCGGGCCCUGAACAAACUCAACACCAACCUGCUGCACCUGUGCUUCUCUCAGCAUGUGGACAGUGACAAGCUCCACCCCCACCACACUUUGCGCAACAUCAUGUUCCUGGUCUCCCUAGACAACGCCAACCUGGGCAGGACGGGUCCCUUCGAGGUCAGCGCUGACCUGGAGGAGUCCAUGGAGUUUGUGGAGCCCGAAGCUUCCGGACUCACCGAGGAUAGCGCGGAUGAGGCGGUGACGGACGAAGAGACGGAUCUCGGCACCGACUGGGAGACGGUUCCCAGUCCGCGCUUCUGUGACAUCCCGUCACAGCCCAUGGAUCUUUCCCAGAGUGCACUGCAGGUGUCCCAGCCGUCCAUCAACACAGGAGGUAUGAUCUCAUCUGCCGCCGCCUCUGUCACAUCCUGGUUCCGAGCUUACACGGGUCAGCGCUGACCUCACAUGGACAACUCAGACCUCUUCACUUGCCUGCCGCCAUGCACGCACGUCCGUUGCACCGGAGAGACGCCGGUUGCCAUGGCGACAGGGAGGCCAAUCGCAGGCCCAGCAAUGACACUGACACGCCUUUAAAGGGGCGGAGCUGCAAAGGUGAAAUAAACAAUGUUUUUCAUGGAUUUGAACUUGCAGUACAAGUAGUGAGAGUAUAUCACAAAUACUUUGUCAGGGUUGAAUCAAUCCAACCUUUACCUGAACGUUACCCGCAAGGUGUCUUACCACGUGUACCACAAUUACUUGCCAACAACAGCCAGCUGGGGGAACUGUUCUGCCAACAAAGUCCUGAUAAAGCUCACAUUGUCAAAGAUUUUCACCAAACAUCUUUAAACGUGGACUAUUUUAUGUGAACUCAUUGGAGCCUUAAAAGGGAACUGUACUUUUUUUGGAAUGUUCACAAUCAUUAUGAAAGACAUGACAAUGGAGGGAUAUUUGUUUUGAAUUUACUCUUAAAAACUACACCAGAAAAUCUGUGCCCUGGACCUUUGACCGGGGGUCAGUGGAAGGGGCCGAGUGUCCGAAUCUGUGAGUUUUAGGUGUAACCAUACAAAAUGAACUAAAUAGCUAGCCUAAAAUUUUAGCAUGCUAAUAAGAGGUUGGCAUACUUCCAAGACAUCGCCAAGUAUCAUAAGUCUUGAUUUCUAGCUUUUAAUACCCAACAUUGGCGAAAAAGCUAACUAAAAAUGUUAGCAUGCUAAUAUAAGAGAAGUUAGCAUACUUCCAAUAUGGUGCCAAGUGUCAAAAAUUUGACUUAUACUAUGACUUAGACUUCCUUUUUAUCGUCAUUCAAAUUUGAACUUUACAGUACAGAAAACAAAAUUUUGUUCCACUAGCUCACGGGUCGGCAACCCAAAAUGUUGAAAGAGCCAUAUUGGACCACAAAUAUAAAAAAGUAAUCGGUCUGGAGCCGCAAAAAAUUUAAAGACUUAUAUAAGUGGUGUAAUGAUGGCUACACAUGAUGUAAGUGGCUGAUUAGCAAUAUUAGACUACUAUCAAAACGACUAUCAAAACGACUGUGUCGCAGGCUGACGCAAAUCUUGGUUGACAGAAAUGUUGAAAUGUAAUAUUUAUUCAAUGCAUUUUUACAACAUUGGAAAACAUUAGUAAAACUUCUUAGAAGGUGCGAUAACUCCUGGAAACGAAUGUCUUAGAAUGGCCAAAGGAAUAGGUGUGGGUGUUCAAAGUAAAGGAAAUGUCAGGCUGUCUUAUUGUAAGAGAUUUAUUACAAUCUUUGCAAGCUGGGUAAUGUUUGCUGUGGUCUGGAACAACAAGGCACACAAACAAAUAUCCGAAAUGCAGCCGAUAUUACGUACAGAUAAUGUGUCAUGAAACAUGGAAAAAUAUAGUAAAUUCACAUAACUAUC